GCGAGAGGCGCAGAAAGAGUCAAAAAAGAGGAGGAAGGUUCUGGUCAACUGCUUCACAAAAGUUUCCCAGUUUUCCAUGGAGGGAGUUUCCUCAAUUAGUUCGACAGUCCUUCGAAAGCAACCUGAGAAGGAGAAUGCGGCAGGUGAUGGGAUCCACAAUGAAAGGAUGAGAAGCACCGAUGACGACUGUCAAGUGACAGCGGUGGAAAAGCGUCACGUCUGGGAGUCAAGUGUUUAUGAUGCAAUGCAAAAAGAGGCCUUCUAUUUCGUGGGUCAUCGCAUCUGCAUCCGGGAGGCCACGGAUAGCUUUGGCGCGCUCGUCUGGCCUGGAGCACUAGCGUUGUGCCACUACCUGGAGAACAAUCAGCAACAGGUCAACCUGAUGGACAAAGCGGUGCUGGAGAUUGGAGCAGGCACUGGUUUGCUGUCAGUAGUGGUGAGCUUGCUUGGUGCUUGGGUGACAGCGACGGAUCUUCCCGACAUUUUACCGAAUCUGUCUUUCAACUUGAUUCGGAACACCCAGGGUCGUUCACGACACACGCCGCAAGUUAAGGCCCUCACCUGGGGUCGCCACCAUCCACGAGACUUCCCCCAGUCGACCCGCCGCUACGACUACGUGCUAGCUGCAGACGUGGUUUAUCCCCACGGAGACCUGGACGGGCUGCUGGACACAAUGUGCCAUUUCUGUCCGCCAGGGGGCGACACCACCCUCCUGUGGGCCAACAAAGUUCGCUUCCAGUCGGACAUGAGGUUCACCGAGCGCUUCCAGAGAACUUUCCACGCCACGCUGCUUGCAGAGUUCCCGCAGCAGGAAGUGAGGAUUUACAAGGCCACCGCCAAGGAGUGACAAUCAGAAAGGAAAUUCCGAUAUUUAAACGUGUUUUCGAUUUACAUACAGUAAAAUUAGUUCCACACAAAUUUUU